CCAGUAUUGCCUUUCGAAACGAACUUAAAAUCAGUCGUGAUUUAAGAUAAGAAAUUCGUGACGGUACAUGUAUGUUCUUUGUUGACAAAACUUUCAGUUCUAGAUUUACUUGCAGUCGACCAUUCGCAAUGAUUUCCCUCAGACUGUCGGUGAUAUUUCUGAUUUUUGGCGUGGUGUUUGCUGCCACAACCCACGCGCCCCAUGAAACCAAGCCUACGCAUGAACCUCACGCAACCCACGCGCCCCAUGAAACCAAGCCUACGCAUGAACCUCACGCAACCCACGCGCCCCAUGAAACCAAACCUACGCACCCGCCUCCUAGCGGCGGAGAAGUAGACGCUGCAAUUGUGAACAUCGACAUCCACUACAAUGACGAGCUGUGUCUCGCGAUCCUAUUGGUUGACUGUGCUACCCACGUGACUACUGGAGAUGAGCAAGUGUGCGGCUCCAAUGGGGUAACCUAUAACAACCAUUGCCGUUUUACCCACGCUGUGUGCGAGACCCUACAUUUCAAGGAUCACAAAAUAACCUUCCAAAGCCACGGCGCAUGCCCAGCCACCUCGGCCCCUCUCAGCACAGUCGCCAUCAUCAACUCGGAGCGCUCUGCCGCAACCCACGCGCCCCAUGAAACCAAGCCUACGCAUGAACCUCACGCAACCCACGCGCCCCAUGAAACCAAGCCCACGCAUGAACCUCAUGCAACCCACGCGCCCCAUGAAACCAAACCUACGCACCCGCCUCCUAGCGGCGGAGAAGUAGACGCUGCAAUUGUGAACAUCGACAUCCACUACACUGACGAGCUGUGUCUCGCGCUCCUAUUGGUAGACUGUGCUACCCACGUGACUAAGGGAGAUGAGCAAGUGUGCGGCUCCAAUGGGGUAACCUAUGACAACCACUGCCGUUUUACCCACGCUGUGUGCGAGUUCCUACAUUUCAAUCAUCACAAAAUAACCCUCCAAAGCCACGGCGCAUGCCCAGCCACUUCGGCCCCUCUCAGCACAGUCGCCAUCGUCAACACCGGUACUUCUGGUUCCGUAACCAAUGCGACGACCACUUCCGGUCCAGCAACGGCCACUCCCAUGGCUCCCGCAACAACCGACGCAAUGGGUUCCAUUGUACAAAAUGUCUUCUGUAGCAAUCUCGCUACCAUUUCAUGCACGGGUGGUUUCGACGUCAUCUGUGGGUCAGACGGACAGUAUUAUCCAAAUCAGUGCGAAAUUUCGAAAGCCAAGUGUCAUGACGCCACACUGACGAUCGUCACCGACACAACCAAGUGCCAGGCAAACGUGGGUGGAGGAAAAUAGACGUUGUGAUAUGUAGAAUAAAGCUCUUUGAUGCA